AUGAACCAAGAUAGCGCGAGGCGGAGCUGGGUUUUUCUGUCUAUUCAAGUCUCCAGCUCUUUCUUUCUUCAUCAUCCUCUUUCAAUCUGGGCGAUAUCUUUCGGCUUAUUUAUCAAUCGAUCGCUUUUUUUCAUUCUAUUUAUAGACGUGCGCACGCGCAGUAGGACAGACGUGGCAGGAGAUAAAGGUCUGUCAUUUUUAUGCGCUUCCUAUCUAUCUAUCUAUCUAUCUAUCUAUCUCAGUUUGUUCAUUAUCUAUCUAUCUAUCUAUCUAUCUAUCUAUCUAUCUAUCUAUCUGUCUCAUUUGCUUCAGUCCAUGAUAUUCUCUCUCAUUUGGAUUUCCACCCACGUGUGUUUUCUCCGAUCAACAAACGUUUUCACAGAUAUUUCUAUUUUCAUUCACUACUCGCUUUUGUUUUCAUAUAUUCUUUCUUUUUUCUUUCUUUCUUUCUUGCUUCUUUUCUUUUCUCUUCUUUCUUUCCAUCUUUUCUACUGUUUUUCUUUCUUCCUUUCUCUUCUUUUAUCUUUCUUUCUUUCUUUCUUUCUUUCUUUCUUAUCUGCUUGCUUUUCACGCAUUGCUACUUCUUUCUUUUUCUUUUUUCUUUCUUUCUUGCUUCUUUUCUUUUCUCUUCUUUCUUUCCAUCUUCUCUACUGUUUUUCUUUCUCCCUUUCUCUUCUUUUAUCUUUCUUUUUUCUUUCUUCUUUCUUUCUUUCUUUCUUUCUUAUUUGCUUGCUUUCCACGCAUUGCUACUUCUUUCUUUUUCUUUUUCUUUCUUUCUUUCUUUCUUUCUUUUUUUUCUUUGCUUUUUCUUUCUUUUUUUGCUAUAAUUCUCUUUUGCCUUCUCUUUUCUUUUUUCUUUCUUUCUUUCUUUCUUUUUUUCUUUUCUCUUCUUUCUUUCCAUCUUCUCUACUGUUUUUCUUUCUCCUUUUCUCUUAUAUCUUUCUUUCUUUCUUUCUUCUCUUCUGUUUUCUUAUCUUCUCUACUCUUAUCUUUAUUCGUUUAUCUUUUUUUUCUUUCGUUCUUUCCUUUUUCUCUUUUCUUUCUUUCUUCUCUUUUUCUUUUCUUUUCUUUCUUUCUUCUCUUUUUCUUUUCUUUUCUUUUCUUUCUUUCUUUCUUUCUUUCUUUCUUUCUUUCUUUCUUUCCCACCGGUUUAUUUUCUCUUUCUUAUUUCUUAUUUUCAGGAUAUUUUUCCUUAUAACGUCCGCCUCGGAUUUCGCGCUUUUAUUCGUUUUACGUCUUUCUUUCCUCUUUGUUUCUUUUACUCUUUUCUUCCUUCUCUCUCUCUCUCUCUCUCUCUCUCUCUUGCUUUUUCUUUCCUCUUCUAAUUUACUUUCUUUUUCUUUCUAUUUUUCUUUCUUUCUUUAUUCCUUUCUUUUUUCUUCUUUCUUUAUUUUUUUUUCUCUUUCUUCUUUUUCUAAUCUUCUUUCUUUCUUUCCCCUUUACUUUAUUAUAUCAUUUCUUUUUUUUUAUUUAUCUAUUUUUUUUGUCAUUUUUUCUUUUCUUCAUUUCUUUUCUUUUUCUUCUUCUUCUUCUUCUUCUUCGUUACUUCCUUUACUUUUCCUUUUACGUUUACCGUUUAUAUUUUCUUUUUCCCUUUCUUUCCCACCUUUUCUCUUCUCCUUUUCUUUCUCUUUCGUCUCUUUCCUUCCUUUUCCUUUCUCUUUUUCCUUCACUUCCUUUUUCUCUUUUCUUCUUUUGCCUUUUUUUUUUUCGUUUUCUUUCAACAUUUUCUUUUUUUUUAUCUUUUUAUUUUUGUCCCUUUCUUUCUUUUUAACCUUUCUUCUUUCUUUUCUUCUUGCCUCCUUCUUCCUUUACGUUCUUUUUUGCUAUUUUUCGUUUUCUUUCUACAUUUUUCUUUCUUUUCUCUUUUCCUUUUUUCUCUUCUUUUUUUAA